AUCCAAACUAAUAUGUCAACAAUUGAGAAAGCUAUUUAGAAAUUAAGAAAAUUAAGUCAUGAAUUUGAACUUACACAUAAUUCAACUGAAAUACAUUCAAAUGCAUCAUUCUUUGAAGAAGAAAGAAGUUAAGAUUUUUAAGAUAGUGAUUUAUCUUUACAAGAAGACCUAUCAGAUUAAUGGGACAUGUCUUCCAUAUGUACUGAUAAUGUAUAUUAUCGUUAUUUAAAACUUAGUCCAUCAUUCCUUCUUAAACCUCAGAAAAAAUUACAGAUUUAUCCUCUUAAUCCAAUCCUAAUUAAGUUAUAAUGAAUGCCCAUAUUGUCAAAUAAAGAUUUGAAGAUUUCAUUUCUUCAAACAUCAAGAAUAACAAUUCUUAAAUUGGCAAGGGCAUUGCCAUUCACGUGCUUGGACAAGGAUCCAUAGGUAAAUCAAACAAAAAAGGGAAAAAAUUAGAAAAAAGUAAUAUAAAAAAAAUUUAGAAUCUUAAUAAUCAAAUAAAUAAUUUAAAUAAUAUUAAUAAUUCAUAAGAUUAACAAUUGCAACAAUCAUCUUUCUCAAAUUAGAAUACUCAAUAAAAAUUUACUUCAUAAUAGAAUAAAUAAAUUUGUUAGAGUUAAAAAUUUAUAUUAGCAUAUCUUAUGGUAGAAUGUGAUAUCUAGAAACAAGCCCAUUAAAGAGCUUUAAAUUUUAUGCAAAAAUUCAUGCCAGAUAUUAAAAAUAAAGAACUUUUAUUAAAUAUUGAGGAAACCUAUAAAAUUAUGCUUCUUCCAGAUUAAAUUUUAUAUUAGCUUGCUUAAGUUUUAUGUUAAGAAGAACGUCUGUAGCAUUUAAAUCUAUUUUUGCAUCGCCUGAAUUUACCGAACAAUUGUCAUCCAUUAGCUGCUAAGGCAGUAGAUAAGAUAUCGAAACAUUUUAAAGAUAGUUAUUGAAACUCAGGUUUAAGAAUGCAAAAUCAAUGAGAGCAUUAUUACAUAUAUGGCUCUCAUGAGCACAAAU